GCCUCACCGGCUUCAUUCCAGUAGAGAGGGGGAACUAAAGAGGGGCAGGGAGGCAACGCGGCGGCUCCUCCUCGUCAACAACCGGCUUCAAAAACCCACUUCACCCGGCUAAAAUCGCCACCUUCGCCCCGGAGCCUUACGCAGAAACUGUCGGGAGUGGAAAGAGAAGGAAAACCUCUCUGAGAAGUAGACCCGAGGGGACGAAUCGAACGCACCUCUAUUCAGGGACGCCCUCCCUCCAAAAACAACAUUUUUCCACAGUUUUUGUGUCUUUUCUGUCAUUAUGACUCGGAGAUCGUGUGCCAUUUACGCCACCGGCAUCGUGUGUGCCCACCUCCUAAUCGUGGGGAUCGCCCUCGUGGUGGCUCAAGUCUUCCAGACCACAAUUCACAACCGCUUGAAAAAGGAAAUAACACUGACGGAGAAGAGUCAGAUGUUCGAGUCGUGGAAGAACCCUCCCCCGCCCGUCUACAUGGAGUACUACUUCUUCAACGUCACCAACCCGGAGGUGUUCUUAGCGGGAGGCCGGGCGGCCGUCCAGCAGAUCGGACCUUACACCUACAGGGAGUACCGACCCAGGGAGAACGUCACCUUCCUGGAGAACGGCACCAAAGUGUACGCCCUCAACCCUAAAACCUUUGUCUUCAUGCGGGAGAAGUCGGUGGGAGAUCCCGAAGUGGACAUCCUCAGGACCAUCAACAUCCCCUUAGUGGUGGUGAUGAACGAGCUCAACUCGUACUCGUUCUUCCUGCGCAGCUUCAUCUCCAUCUACAUCAAAGGCCUGGGGGCCACGUUGUUUACCACGCGCACGGUGCACGAGUACCUGUGGGGCUUCAAGGACCCUAUCCUCACCAAGAUCCACUCCAUGAAGCCGGACGUGGACGAGUACUUUGGGCUCAUGUGGAAGAAAAAUGGAACCCAUGAAGGGGAGUUUGUCUUCAACACCGGCGAGCAAGACUACAUGGAGUACGGCAGAAUCGACACGUGGAACGGACUCAAGGAGAUGACGUUCUGGUCAUCCAACCAGAGCAACAUGAUCAACGGCACGGACGGCGCCGUCUUCCACCCGCUCAUCAACAGGAACGAGCUGCUCUACAUCUUCGCCGCCGAUCUCUGCAGAUCCAUCCAUCUGGCCUACGUGAAGGACGUGGAGGUGAAAGGCAUCCAGGCGUACCGCUUCGCGCCCCCCGACGACGUGCUCAUGAGCCCCGUGGAUAACCCGGCCAAUGAGGGCUUCUGUGUGCCCGCCGGACAGUGUCUGGGCACCGGCGUGCUCAAAGUCAGCGUGUGUCGACAAGGCGCUCCCAUUGUGGUGUCUUUCCCGCACUUCUACCAGGCUGACCCAAAGUACAUUAACGCCAUCGAAGGCCUCAAUCCAAACAAGGAGGACCACGAGACCUAUCUGGACCUGCAGCCGACCACAGGUGUUCCCAUUCGGGCCUGCAAGCGCGCUCAGCUCAAUGUCAUCCUGAAGAGAGUGAUGGGCUUCCCGGAGACAAAGUACCUCAACGAAACCAUUUUCCCCAUCAUGUACGUCAAUGAGACGGCCACGGUUGAUGACGACUCUGCUGCCCAGAUGAGGACGCUGCUGCUUAUUGUCACCCUGGUGUCUAACUUUCCUUUGCUCAUCGUGGGCAUGGGCCUCAUCCUGCUGCUUGUCCUGGUGGUCCUGUUCUGUCGUAACCGCCAGAAGAAGAACGAAGUAAAACGCAUUGAUUUUACUGAGGCUUUUCAUUCUUUUGCUACGGCCAAAGACGAGACCGCAUACACGCAGGUCAGUGACAAGACGGACGAGUCGCCCGAUGCUCCCCCUGGCCAGCCGCAAAAAAAUGGUUCCUACAUUGCCAUGGAUCCAGUGGAGGCCCAGAAGUGUUGAUCCAGGAUGGACCCCCUACCCACCACCCAACCCUCCCUCCCUUGCACUCCAAGCCAGGAGCUCUGGCGUGGCGGCUGAGGGAAGUGGGUGGGCUCGCUAUUUCGCAGGGGUGGGUCCUUUCCCUGAUCUCAUGCCUCACUACGCUGCGUCCGAGUCAAUCAGGAGAAGAUUGCUCUUCCUCUCCUGGUUGGCUCCAAAGAUGAAGGACUCGACCAAGUGUUGCUUUCCACUCCCUCACACCCAAAAUGGUCGUCAGUCCAACACGGAUGCACCGUCCCACCAGUGGGAACCGCCUUGCCCUAUUAAGUAUUAGGUUAAAAAAACAAAACAAAAAAAAACUGAGCCAAACAGUUUUGUCAUUUUUCACACACUAGCUGGUUGUGAAAGUGUGUUCCACCACUCCUGCUCCUCCCCCUUCUAACACUAGACUUUUCCUAGCUGCUCCGUUUGUGCCCUUUCUAUCGCUAGUCAAAGAUUAUGAAUUUUUUAUUUUAUUUUUUUUGUCCAAUGGGAAACCACAACAACAAAAAGACUUGCGGAACUUACAAGGGAGCCGCUUUCUUUGCCUUACCGCCAGGACGGUUUGCACGUCUACACUGUUACUCAAGCACAAUUGGAGCCUCGUGCGGUCCUCGGCAAGUCUUUUCUUCAAGAGUCAAAGACACUGUCAGUGUUAGUGUGCAAAACGCAGCACUUGAAUCACUUGUCUUAUCAUUUCAAAAAAACAACCCCCCCCCCCCCCCCCUCCAGACACACACUUUUUGCCUGGGAAAUGUGCCCCAUGUGUAUUUUUUUUUUUUUUGUCCUUGUUUUUGAUAUCUCUACAGCAGUUGGUCCAGCUGUACACGACAUUUCACUUUUGUGUCUUUGCUGCUCGGAAGUGGCCAGCCAAUAAGCUGUGGACGUCCCGCCGAGUCGUCUUCACGCUGCCGUUCCAGUCAAACCUUCUGUGAGCUUAAAAUCCAACGAGACGUACGGUCAACAACAACACUGUGGUCAUUUAUUUCACUUACUAAAAGGCCUUUUUUCCUUUGUGUGAAAAGUUUCCAUCGAUUUGGUGUGGUUCAGAUUAACAAUAAUUGUUAUAAUUGAUGGAUGGAUGUUAAAUGAGCAACAUUUCAACACUACGCAAUAUCAAUUUUGUCAAUAUCCAGCACACUAAUGGAAAUAAUUGCAAAAAGAUUUGUUCAAUUCCACUUGUAGCAUUUGCACCCUAAUCUACAUCUUCACCAACGGUUUAGUUACGUUAACUGUCAGACCAACCAUCUAGUGUGCUUUGAAACUCCAAAAUCAUGUUAACUACUGAACAAAAUCACCUGAUGGAAACUUUCUUUUUUUUAUGUCAUGUAUACGACACGUGUCAUCCACUUUGGGCUAGCUGGGUAAAGAACAAAUCCUCGUCAGCAGUAGGGACAUUUUUAGAACCUAUUGCAAAGGAAACUGUUGCAAAAAAAUGCUUAGCAAACUGCUUGGGAUCCUUUUUUUUUUUUUUUUUAGAACUUUAAGCCUGCUGGCAAUCGAACGGUUUCAAAGAGUUUGGUUAUUUUGUGACCAAGAGAAUAAAUGCUUACUGUACCGAGACAAACAUUUUUUAGGUCAGUGCAUUUUGCUUUCAUUAUGGGUUGGAUCUGUUGUUUUGUUCCAACUGCAGGCAAGCUCAGAAAAGAACCCAUAGUUAGGAAUAUUUUUGGGGGGAAAAAAUUUAACCACUUUUUUGACGUUUGACUUCUUAAAAGUGUGACGGUAUGUUUACUUCUAGCACUUCUUUUGAUUUUGCCAGCAUGGUUAAUUCCAACAUUUUUAUAUUUUUGGGACCAUUCACAAUGCCACCAUAACCUUUUUGGAGACCUUACUCACGACCUGUGACCAAAGACAUCCCUGUGCCACAAACCCUAUUUUUUUUUGCCCCCCUUCGCCUUGUGCCACCGUAUUCGCUGCUGUGCCUUCUUGACAUCAAGGCCGAAAAAGGAACACUUUGGCGUGGAAUCUCAGUAUUAUUAUUUUUAUUAUGUAAGAUAAAAGCAAUACAGAGUUGUGUGUACAAAUGAAUGGUUUUUAUAACAGGGCCGCGUAUUUAUGUUUGGGUGUUCCCUCUGGAAUUGUCAGUUUUUUGUUGUUUUUUUUUGGUGUAGUUUUUGUCCAGUACCACUUGGGUCCAAUUUGAUUUCAUUUAUAUUUUGAAGUUUGAACAUUUUUGUCGAGUACCACUUGGGUCCAAUUUGAUUUCAUUUGUAUUAUGAACAAAAAAAGUUGUGGGGAAAAUAAAAGAUGUAGCUGAUGCUAACAUGCUAAUAUUGUCAAACUGGAGGGCUUUGAUGGCCAGGCUGAUUAUCUUGAUGUGACGAAUAAGAUGAAUGAUGCCCCCCCCCCCUCCUCUUCCUCCUCCUCCUUCUCCUCCUCCUCCUCGCUUACUAUUCAGGGACCAGCAGCCGUGCCAUAAACCUACUCGGGGUCCCAACACGUUUCAAUUUGCACCUCUUUCCGUUACGGGCAACGUUGUCACACUGGUUUGAUGAUUGUUGGUUUUGGUUUUCCGAAUGACAAUCCCCCCCCCCCCUUUGGCAGGAGAGGUGAAAAAGAAAAAUUACAAGUACUACUCGUUUUGAGUUUUGAUAAUUUCCACUGCACACACCUUUCUUACAGAACUUUUGUAAACGUUUCUAGUGUAUUUGCAAGAAAAUAAAGCUUGCCAUCAAGUACAAA